UAUCACCUGGUGUGUACAUGCGUGUGAUAACUACGUAUUUGCAGGAAGGUUCAUUUCACGUUUAAUGAGGAGAAGAACACAGCAUUCACUAACCUAGAGAACCUCAGCAUCCGAGCAUCAUGGCCACCGCACCUAUAGUGAUCCAGCAGCAGCCAAGGGCAGUGCCAAGGGUCACAGCGUGGAGUUCAGGACUGUGUCACUGCUGCCAGGACAUGGAAGCAUGCUGUUUUGCAUUCUGGUGUUUUCCCUGCUUCGCCUGCAGCACCUCGUCUAAAUUCGGCGAGAGUUUAUGCCUCCCUCUCGUGGAUUUUCUCGGUCCUGCAUUAGUGGCGGCUACAGGCGUGGGGGUCUGUGUUCCUCCUGUCACUCUGUCCAUGAGAGUGGCCAUACGGUAUAAGUAUGCAAUCCCGGGCAGUUUGUGUGAAGACAUACUGGUCUCCUGUUUCUGUCUCUGUUGCUCGUGGUGUCAAAUGAACCGGGAGCUCUCGCACCGGAAACGGACAGAGGCGGUGCUCGUCGGCCAGAACGUACCCUUCACCACCGUCACCACCACCGUACCUGCAAUAGUUACUUAGUCAUUUCUGCACGUCUUUCGAUUUUAUAGCAACACAAGCACGUCUGGAAAGCCAGAUCGUCUCUUUUUCUCAGACUUGAUGAGUAAACAUAUUUAAACUUGGGAAACUUCUGAUCUCAGUGGAAUUUAGACACUUACUUUCUUGUCAUUACACACAUCAGUUACGUAAAAUUAAAUUAAUUUCAACUGAAAUAAAAUCUACACACCAAUAAAGUCACCUUUAUGAUUUAGAGUUGUUAUCGUUUACUUUUAUUAUUUGUCUUUUAAACAGUCUUACUUAAAAAUGGUUCACUAUAACCUGAACACAAAAGACAAAAUGAGGAUAAUAAGCAGUCACGAAAAUAACAUAAUUUUAACAAAUGCUUAAAAAAAACAUCUUAGAGAAAGAAGUAAAUGAUAAUCCACAACCGACCUUUAUUUAUUUAAAUGAAAUUCUGAAAAAUAAAAUCUAAAUAAAAUAAAUGAUCAUGAACUGGAGUAAGUUGAUAGUAUAAUAAUAUACAAUCUUAAAACGAUUCUUUACAUGGAUGUAAGAAGAACAGAAGAAGAACCAAUUUGGUCCCUGAAGAACCAUUUGAUCAAUGGAUCUUGAUCCUUUUGUGUUGACGUCACAGAGAGCAAAAUCAAUAAAUCAGUUCAAUACAUAAAAUUAAAUUUACAAAGUCCAACAUUAUCCAUUACAUGAUUGUCGGCUUAUGAGAGGAUUUGUAUCGCCUUCUCUCUAAAUUGAAUGUAAGAACCAUUUUAUUGCCCUGGUUUAUUCAUAUUUACCAUUUAUUUUAUUAUUUGUUUUGUUCACAAACACCACACGAUUGUAAACUCAUUAACAUUCUCUAUCAUUAAUAACUGAUCACUGAGUGUUUUUUCCCCAAUGCAAAUCACUUUGAACUCGAAAGCUGCUGUAGACCAUAUAUAUAAAGGUAUAUUAUUAAGUGUCUGUCUCACUUCCUCCCACCCUGUCU